AUGCCCCAAAACAAGCCAACUUCAAAGGCAGCAUCUCGGAAUCCUAGUUCAAAUAGGACAACUGGACCCUUCAGUGUGGAAUCAGCUCGAUUGAUCAUUCAUGAAGAACCAAAUCAUGGUAAUCUCACUGCUUCAGGUGACAAUGACAAUCUGGUAUCCCAUGUCAGGACUUUGGCUCAAACCUUGUAUCAAUGUUCAAAAGCAACUGGGACGGAUGAGAUGAAACUCAACUUCUUGAGAAGUGCCACGGUGACAUGCAAUGAUGGGACUCCAGCUGGAUAUUACCUUAGGGAGUCAAAAGGAAGCAGGCGAUGGUUAAUAUUUCUAGAAGGUGGGUGGUGUUGUUAUAACAAAGAAAGCUGUGAUGCAAGAUACAGAUCGAUUCCACGGCUUAUGAGUUCCUCUGACUGGCCACUCACACAGAGAGGUUCUGGAAUUCUAUCGUCGGAACCUGAAGAAAAUCCCCAAUGGUGGAAUGCAAACAUUGUCUUUGUGCCUUACUGUUCAAGCGAUGUAUGGAGUGGAACUGCACCAAAAUCCCGCCAAGCUGACUAUGCAUUUAUGGGUGCGUUGAUCCUCAGGGAGGUGAUUAAAGACUUGGUCCCCAAGGGCAUUAAGUUGGCAAAGAUAGUCAUGCUUGCUGGAACAAGUGCUGGUGGAACGGGAGUGUUGCUGAACAUUGAGCGGAUUGCUAAUCUUCUAGCCCAAUUGGGUGCUGAUGUUCAGGUCCGGGGCUUGGUAGACUCUGGUUGGUUCCUGGACAAUAAACAACCACAACAGAACGAAUGCACGGAUGUAACCUCCUGUAGUCCAAACUACGUAAUUAAAAAGGGACUCAGAUUGUGGAAUAGUGUUAUUCCUGAAAGAUGCAGACAACAAUUCAGACGAGAAGAAUGGCAGUGUUUCUUUGGCCACAGGAUAUAUUCAUCCUUAAGAUCCCCCGUGUUUGUGGUACAAUGGCUGUUUGACGAGGAGCAGCUAAAAAUGGAGAACAUUCAACUGGGCAGCCAGUCCCUUACAGAAAAUCAGUGGAACUACAUCCAGAACCUAGGCAGAGACCUCAGAAAUUCUCUGCGAAAUGUAUCAGCUGUGUUUGCCCCAGCGUGUCUAUCACACACUUUGAUCUCUAAGAGCAACUGGCUGGAUUUUCAUGUGAGGGGGAUUUCCUUGAACAGGGCGCUCCAGUGCUGGGACCGAAAUCUUCAGGAAAACAAGAGUUCAAGACCCUCUGCCAGAAACUGUUCCUUCCACUUAAUCGAUCAGUGUCGUCUGCCACACUGCAACCCCACUUGCCCAGCACUUCGUGAUCAGGUCACGGGUCAGGAGGUGAGCAUGAUUCAGCUCCUGAUGAACAUGGGCUUUGAUGUUCAGAGAAUUGCACAGCAGCUUGGAAUGGAACCCAGCCAACUCCUGGGGAUGCUUAGCAAUGGAGGUUAG